AUGGAUAAGGAGCCAUUUAUGAGGAAGUACAAACAGCUCUCAAAAUUUAUAACUUACUUGCAUGGGAAGGAUGAUGGUAAGUGGAGAGCCAAGAGGUUGAUUGAAAAGAUAUGUCUUGAAUAUAAAAGGAUGAUUUCCCGAGAGGAGGUUCAGAUAGCACCAAAUCUGAUCACAGGUACAAUUUCUAUCCGCAAGCAAAGAGUUGAGGCUUUAUUUGACUUGAGAGCUAUUCAGUGGUUUAUGUCGUAUGAUUGUGUGCAAAAGAUGGAUUUGCCUGUGCAUGAGUUACCUUAUAUUGUUAAGGUGUCUGCGCCUUUUAGAUUAUUGAACAAGACUAGUAAGGUAUGUAAAAGGGUUGAGUUGUGCUUUAAGGGUAAAACUUUAGUGAUAGAUUUGAUCUUAAUUCUUAUACAAGGACUAGAUAUGAUUAUUGGGAUGGACUGGUUAGUAAGGAAUAAUGUUACCUUAGAUUAUGCCAGAAAGAUAGUGUUACUGCUAGUUCAUAUGACACCAAUUGUGAUUUCCACAACAACUGCCAAUCAACUAAAAUUGUCGGUAGUGCAAGUUGAGAGGUUAGUUUUUGAAGGCUAUCAAGCUUAUGCAGUUUUUUUCAUGGUGGAAGGUAGUGGCAAUAGUAAUAUUGAUGAGAUUCAAGUUAUAAGCAAGUUUUCAAAAGUGUUUGUAGAUGAGGUAUCAGGUUUGUCACUAAAACAAGAAGUAGAAUUCUCUAUUGAUUUGGCACUUGGCAUCGAACUUAUAUCAAAAGCUCUAUGUAGGAUGACUCCUUCAGAAUUGAUAGAGCUUAAGAAAUAG